GGCUUUUGGGGGCAGAUCUGUCUGCAUAGCUUCGAGUUUUUGUUGCUCCUUUUCAAGCUGUUUCGUUCUUUUAUUGACGAGCUGAUUUGCGGCGGUAGACAGGCGGUAUUCCGACCGAUCUGUUCUUACAGUGGAUUGAUUCUUCUCGCUGAUCUCAAGCAGCUUUACAUCUUUGGAGGUGCUUUAGGUUUUGGCCUUCAAGAGAGGUUUUGCUUUACAAUUUCAAGGACUUGCUGUGCCGUCUUUCGAGCUGGAGGGAGGAAAACAAGGAUUCUUUUGUGGUGAUUUCUGGUGUGAAGUUAUGGCUGCAGAGACACAGGUCACACAGCCUCAGAAACCUCUGGUAGACUUGAUGAGGAAUCUUAAAGUUGAUCCUCCUUCUAAAGUCGGUGAUGCCAAUCUGCCUCCUCCAAAGGAUGGAAAUCCCUCUGAUGCAACUUCGUGUAUUUCUUCUGGAGACGCAACAAGCAGUGUCAAGGAGAGUGAUGUGGAUCAUGAGUCUGUGAUAGCUGAGCCUGGCAUGUAUCCUGGCAGCUACUAUGGAUAUUACUACCCAGGUUAUGAUGGUUCUCUGGGAGAAUGGGAUGAUCAAGGAUACUUUAUUGGCUCUGAUGGAUUGGAGAUUCAAUAUCCUGCUAUUCAAGCUGAUAAUGGAUCUCUCAUAUAUUACAUGCAAGGGUAUCAACCUGGUUACGUUCCUUACAGCCCAUACUUCCCUGGAGCUACAAUUGGCAUUGAUGGACAAUAUUAUGGUCAACAGCAGUACUUCCCGAGCCCUACUUUUCCACAACCCAUUGCUGGACCUGGAUAUUUCCCAACUCAACUGCCUUAUGGAUCGGAGGUUGUGCACUCAUGCAUCUGGGAUCCUUCUGUUAUGGUUGAGGAUGGGGCUCAUGGCAAUGGCUAUGGUGGAAUUCCAACAAUUCCCGACUCAAAACAUAAUUUCUCUGCCCAGAGACACAACAUUACUCUCUCUUCGAAAGCUCUGACGGCUUCUAAGUCUAAUAAUCCAUCAGAAGUUAAGGGCUCCUCACAAUCUCUGGAUGUCUCAUCAGGUCCUGGUGCACUCAACCAAUUAAAGCCUGCAAAUAAGGCAUCUUCAGUUCUGGCCAAGGGUUGCUUCCCCAUCACGAAGUUUCCAUGCUCAAAUCAGGGGAAAGGUGGUUUGUUAUAUCCCAACAGCCCUGUUAAUUUGAAAGUAAAUGGGCGGGCAUGGGCUGGCAAUGAAAAGCUUAAAGGAAGAGGCAAGAUUAAUGGAAUUAGUGAUUUUGACUUGCUAAACGAACAAAACCGUGGCCCUAGAACAACCAAUGCCAAAGGAGCUUUGAUGUCUGGAGUUGAUCUGAGUGGGUCUAUAGUAGCUGAUGGUGACAGUGAUGGUAACUGCACAACUGCUGUAGUCAGGAGGGAUGAAUACAAUCUUCGUGAUUUUCCCACCAAGUAUGAUCAUGCUUUGUUCUUUGUCAUAAAAUCUUACAGCGAAGAUGACGUUCAUAAGAGUAUCAAGUAUAAUGUGUGGGCAAGUACACCAAAUGGAAAUAAGAGGCUUGAUAAUGCUUAUCAAGAUGCACAGGCAAGAACGACAGAGAAAGGCAGCAAGUGUUCAGUCUUCCUUUUCUUCUCGGUAAAUGCAAGCGGUCUAUUCUGUGGAGUAGCUGAGAUGAUUGGCAGGGUAGAUUUUAACAAGAACAUGGAUUUUUGGCAGCAAGACAAGUGGAGCGGUUAUUUCCCAGUCAAGUGGCACAUUAUUAAAGAUGUACCAAAUGCUCAGUUCCGGCACAUAAUACUUGAGAAUAAUGACAACAAGCCUGUAACUAACAGCAGGGACACGCAAGAGGUUAAAUUUCCUCAAGGCAUUGAAAUGUUGAAUAUUUUUAAGAACCAUUCACCAAUGACAUCGAUAUUGGAUGACUUUGGUUUUUAUGAAAGUCGUCAGAAAGCAUUGCAAGACAAGAGGGCUAGGCCACCUACACCACGUUGGGAUCAUGUGCAGAAGCCUAAUGAAAUAAUGCAAGUGACUGGUCUUCAGGUGGUUGAGGUGAGCGCUGACAAGAACAUGGAAGAAGUAGUUUGCGAAGACAACAAAGUGAAGGAAUGAAAAGGGAGACUGGAAGUGUAUGGAGGAGCAUGGGGAGCAGUGCUGAAUGAUAUCGAAGUAGGCUCUUAGGGUGAUGAUCCAUGCUCUCCAGAAGGUGAGAGAAAGGUGAAAAAGAAAGUGAAGAAGCGAUGGUAGAAACAUUUGUUACGGGCGCUGGCUUGCAGCUCCGAGGAAGGUUUGAUCAUUCAUGGCCUCCCCCCCCCCCCCCCUCCCCCUCCCCCUCCUCAAGGUCUCUUUUGUACCAUUAAAUAUAGGAAGUAGGAGAGAAGAAUUUAUCAAG